AGGUCAUAGAGAGCUACACAACGACUUCUCUUUCAUGGGAAUUUCAACAACUCAAGUUUAGUAUUAUACUACAUAACUGAAUCAAUCAAAAUCUGUGUCAAGGUGUGUGAUAAAUUACCUGCCUAAAUAUCUCUUAUCAUGUUGAGCUUGCAAAGUGAAAAUCUUCAAUUUUGCUUCCAAACGAGAUGGGCGAUUACUGUCCAAAAAUACCCUAUUGGAAGAUAUGCUCAAAAAAUGCUACAAUGUUUGUUAUGUAUUGUCUUUAUAUUCUUUCUGGCUGAGUCUGCCUACGAAAAGUACAGCGUGGAAGAAGGUUUCGAGCUUAAUGGAGGACAUUCGAUAAUCGAGUACAUUUCUUCAUCCAGCUGGUCUCUGUAUCAAAAUAAGCAACCUACGACACAGGAGAUCGAAGACUUCUUGUUGCAGUUCACUACUGGCUCGCCGAGAACGUACUUCUGCAAGAAGCUCGUCUCAAUACGCCAUUCAUGCGCAUCACCGGCGCUGAGGGCAUGUAUGGAUCCGUGGUUGUUGCCGCCUCGUGAACGCGGCUGCUCAGUGGCAUCCGUGAAGUCAGAUGAGGUGCAGCUUGGUCUGCUGAAGCGUCUCGCUGCUCACCUCAACUGUAGCUUCAACAUCACUCAACCUUCCCCAGAAGCGAAUGAAGUUGGGUUAAACUCUACCAACAAAGUUCCCGAAAUCGCAAGCUCUGCAAAUGCUCCCGUUUUUUGGCUUGAAAGUCCCGUGGUUUCGUCGAUAAAAGAACAGACGAGGUUAUUGCGAACAGCACGACUGGAAAACGUGAGCCAGCUACGCUUGAGGUACAGCAAUGCCUCGCUUCAAGUCACGGAGGUCAAACGCAAGUUAUUCAAGAGCUUGCACGAGGCGGGGUUUGCAGUCGUCGAGAUGAACCAACAGAUGGCGCCUGAGGCGGAGACAGAUGAACAGUCGCUUUUUGUCAACACUGCUCUGCGCAACAUCGCCGCUGUUCUCACGGACAAACACAGGCCGCCUCGUAAAACCGCCACACGAAAUUCAUAGUCACAUUUGACGCUCUGCAAUCAUUGAAAAGAUGCGGAAUUCUAGUUUCAUUAUCGGCUUUUAUGUUCAGAAAUGAAUUGUAUUUCACUACACCUCGUUAGGAUAUGAAUAAUGGUUAUUUAUUAUCUUGUUCCUUGUCCGUAAAUCGAUCAGAAAUU